CGACAGCGCUCGAAGGCAGCAGGAAGAGCUGCAGUUUGAAACCUUUAGCCUGAAGCAAGCUAAGUCAGAAUGUCUGAGAAGGAGCUCGGGAAAAAGUUGGACCGCUGCCUGGCAGACGGUGUCGUUAAGCUGGGUACCGGUCUGGGGUUAGGAAUUGUAUUUUCUGUCCUGUUCUUCAAAAGACGUACAUGGCCUAUUACGUUAUUCUCUGGAGCUGGACUUGGCAUGGCGUAUGCCAACUGUCAGCAUGACCUGAGGUCACAUUAUCUGCUGCACACAAGUGAACAGCAGGAGCAGUGAUUUCCACCCAUCAAGAUGUUUUUUAUCUUUAUUUUUGCAUUAAUUUUGUUAAUGCUUUUCGAGUGUCAAGGUUUGCAAUACGAUAAAUUUAAAUUUGUCCUCCUCCAGAUAAACCGUCCCAAUAAUGAUUGUAAGACUUGUUUCUGCCUGAUGAGUGCAAUCUGUGUGAAUUUAAUAAAAUAAUCAUUAAUUAUAGAAA